GAAAUAAAUGGAGGAGGCUGCACUGCUGGAAAAACAUCAUUGGGUUAAAUGUGUUUGCUAGAUACAUUCUAAAAAAUGCCAGGAAUCGAUUAUGUCAGUGGGAGGUAAGGACUCCUAAAGUUUUUCUGGGAAUAUGAUUUUUCAGGAAAUAUUUUUGUUAGGUGGCUGAAACUCAGUGCAAGAGUCAGAAGAUGAAAGAGCUAUUCCACAUGGGCAUUUUUUCCUUAAUGCAAAUAUUCUAUUUUUUUUCCUGAUGGAGAGCUACAGCAUUCAGAGAAAAGUGUGAAUUCCAUCUGAGGUCAGAUAGGCAGCCUUGACCUUCUCAGUUUUAUGGUAAUUGUUAAACAGCACCUUCCACUCAUUCAAAGAGGCUAUGCAUGUCUCCCUCCCUGGUGGCUAUCCAGCAAAACUGACUCCAGCUGGGAAACUCCCCCCUUCCAGAUCAGCUGUGAUGUGUUGUUCCUAAGACUGUAAUCUGUACAUAAACAUAACUACAACUUGGAGUCAACAAAACUUGAAUUUGCUUCUUAAACAGAAUUACGUUGGUCCCAGAGAUUACGCUGUGAUGUAUCUUUAUUAAAAACCCAACGUCUACCUCACCGUUUUUCUUUAAGACCCACCUUCCUCAAUGCUUUAAGCUCGUGGGUAAGAAAAGACUGUAGGUUUUUUUGUAUGAGGCAGGUCACUGCCAACACACUGUGAUGGCUGCAGAAAUAACUUGAGGAAAAUGGAAACAGAUGAGGCUCAAGAUAUGUCCCAGGUUUCAGGAAAAGAAAGUCCUCCAAUUAGUGAUGUCCCAGAUGACACAGAUGAACCUAUGCCUGUACCAGAGGACCUUUCUACUACUACUGGAGGACAGCAGAGUGUUAAGAAUGAGAGAGUCUUGGCCGGUAAUAUUAAAAUAGAGACUCAGAGUGAUGAAGAGAAUGGGCGUGCCUGUGAAAUGAAUGGGGAAGAAUGUGCGGAGGAUUUACGAAUGCUUGAUACCUCUGGAGACAAAAUGAAUGGCUCACACAAUGGCCCAGGCAGCAAGGCUAUGUCAGGAGUUGGAGGCAUUCGACUUCCUAACGGAAAGCUAAAAUGUGAUAUCUGUGGGAUAAUUUGCAUCGGUCCCAAUGUGCUCAUGGUUCACAAACGAAGCCACACUGGAGAACGCCCCUUCCAGUGCAAUCAGUGCGGAGCCUCCUUUACGCAGAAGGGCAACCUCCUGCGCCACAUCAAGUUGCACUCGGGUGAAAAGCCCUUCAAAUGCCACCUCUGUAACUACGCCUGUCGGCGCAGGGAUGCCCUCACAGGCCACCUGCGGACUCACUCGGUUGGCAAACCCCAUAAGUGUGGAUACUGUGGUCGCAGCUAUAAGCAGCGCAGCUCUUUGGAAGAACAUAAAGAACGCUGUCAUAACUACCUGCAAACCAUGAGUAUCUCAAGCAACCUUUAUUCAGUCAUAAAAGAGGAAACUAACCAGAGUGAAAUGGCUGAAGACCUGUGCAAGAUAGGGUCAGAAAGAUCCCUCGUGCUGGAUAGACUAGCAAGUAACGUCGCCAAACGUAAGAGCUCUAUGCCUCAGAAAUUUGUUGGUGAGAAGUGUCUGUCUGAUCUUCCAUAUGAUGCCACCACCAACUAUGAGAAGGAGAACGAGAUAAUGCAGACCCACGUCAUAGACCAGGCCAUUAACAAUGCCAUCAGUUACCUGGGGGCAGAGUCCUUGCGUCCCCUUGUCCAGACUCCUCCGGUUGGUUCUGAAGUGGUGCCCGUCAUCAACCCCAUGUAUCAGCUCCACAAACCUCUUGGGGACAGUCAGACUCGCUCCAACCAUACAGCUCAGGACAGCGCAGUGGAAAACUUGUUGCUGCUCUCCAAACCUAAAUCAGUCUCCUCUGAACGGGAUGCCUCUCCCAGCAACAGCUGCCAAGACUCAACAGAUACGGAGAGCAAUAAUGAGGAGCGCAGUGGUUUAAUUUACUUAACAAACCACAUAGGUCCCCAUGCAAGAAAUGGCAUAUCUAUAAAAGAAGAAAGCAGGCAGUAUGAUGUCUUAAGGGCAGGUACUGACAAUUCCCAGGAUGCUUUCAAAGUGAUCAGCAGCAAUGGGGAGCAAGUGAGAGUUUACAAGUGCGAACACUGUCGAGUCCUUUUCUUGGAUCACGUGAUGUAUACAAUCCACAUGGGCUGCCAUGGGUUCCGCGACCCUUUUGAAUGCAACAUGUGCGGCUACCACAGCCAGGACAGGUAUGAAUUUUCUUCCCACAUAACUCGAGGAGAGCACCGUUUCCACAUGAGUUAAAACUCCUCGGGCACAGCUCCAGUCUCAACAACUACAUUACUGCAGCUGCACAAGCAACAACAGCAACAAAGCACAAGACUAGUGGACAGUAAAAGUACAAGAAAAUCAAAAAUUCAGAUAUAAUCUCCCACAAGGAAAGAUUUUUCUUUUGGUAGCAUGUGUUGCAACUCAGUUUUCUAAAGUGAAUAUUAAAGUUUUUACUGAAAGCAUUUGAUCACAAAAACCUUUAGCAAUGUAUGUAGGAGCUUUUGUAGUCAGAUAGCUGAAAGUCCUUUCCUUAACUGAUGCUUCUUGCAACCCUCCCUUGUCAAAACUGCUACCCACGCACAGAAUGCACAGCGUGGAUGUGAACCUGAGGCAGGAAUGGCCUAGCUUUCUCUCUUAACACCCUGCAUACAGGGUUCAUGCACCAGAUGCAUUUUUUUAACUUCCAGGUUUUAUUUGAAUCAUACAGAAAGAUUAAACUCAACUAAAGAUUGAGGGCCCAGCCAUCCCAGUUGACUUUGCAGACAGCUGGGGUGGGACUGGAACCCAACCAGAGGGUCCAGGGUUACUUUGGCAGUAAAAAGUAGAACAUUUCCACCUGCAAGGGUGCUGCUGGAAUUGACACUGUGGCAUGCCUUGUUUGUGUCACUAGGCACACGAGCAGGUAUGUGGAAGAUAUAAGAAACACCCUUGUAAGGGUACUCUGUGAAGUAUGAAUUGCAUUUAAUGUAUAGAAAAGAAUAUUGAUGGCUCUUCCUUAAACAAAUGUUUUCCCUCCCUAUUCAAUAGAACCCCACUUACUGUUAAGAAACUCCUCCUCUCUCUGCAGAAACAAGUUACAAUGUAUUUAAUUUUUCUUUUUUGAGUUUUAGUUAUUUAGAAGAGUAUAAUGUACAGUUGAGAAAAGCACUAGCUAGAAAUACAUGUGGGGAAAAUUCUCCUUAUGCACAUUUCUCAUUUUUUUAUACUGUCUGGAAAAUACCCAAAUAUCCCUAUAUUUUACCUUUGAGAAAUUCCCGUUCUGCUUCCACAGAUGACGUCUUGCAGAUUUUGUGGCUCUAUUUGUGUUGUACUUAAUUAUUUGUAAAACACCGAGCUGAAUUAAACCAGCUAGUCAACA